AUGAUUGUAUUUUUCAAUUUAAUCGAUAUUGCCGCGAUCAAUGCAAUGACUUUAUGGUUGCACAUAAAUCCAAAUUGGCAUAAUCAUCAAACAAAUAUUCGACGUCUUUUCUUGGAAGAUCUUGGAAAAUCAUUAACACAUGCACACAAUACACGUCGUAGUGAACAAUCUGGCCAUACAUUACAAGUAAAGCUUGCAUUACAAUCUCUUGGCUUUGUAUUAAAAUCGAAGUUAUCAACAAGUGAAGUACAUUUGGGAAAUUCGGCCAAAGGAAAACGACGGUGUUAUAUGUGUCCAUCGCAUCCUGGUCGUAAAUUUUACUAG